AUGGUAAUCGCUGAAAUCCUUAAUGGAUUUCAUUUGCAACCAGGCACACUCCGGACGGCAUGCCCAUCCCCCAGUGGAGCUACCCUUACGCUGCCGCCCCUGUUGCUCCUGCCGCGCCAGUUGCUGAGUAAGUCUCUCUCCCAACUACCCCUAUGUGCCCCUGACGCGCUAGCCAGGCACACUCCGGACGGCAUGCCCAUCCCCCAGUGGAGCUACCCUUACGCUGCCGCCCCUGUUGCUCCUGCCGCGCCAGUUGCUGAGCAAGGAGGUGCCCGUUACCCCGCCAGCUUCAACCCGGCCCUCUGUCCCAACUACCCCUACUGCUGGUGAAUCUACUGUAACGUUUGGCGCCAAACCACACCAUAGAUAAAUUUAAACAUUCCUGAACGCAACUGUCAACUUUUUCUUAAAGUGACUUUUUAAAUUUACUUACCAGCCAGUUCGGAUUGUUUUUUUAUGCGCUGAAAAUACACUGCCAUAUUUUUGAUGUAAAAAUGUAAAUAGCAAAGCAUUUGGUUUUUAUAGAAAAUGUGUAAAAAAUGUAAAUAAAAAAUAUUUUUUUUA